AUGCGUGAAAUUUGUCAUCUACAAGCCGGUCAAUGUGGAAAUCAAAUCGGCGCCAAAGUGAAUAUAAACAAAAUUUAAUAAUAGUAUUUACUAAUGUUAAAAAUGAUAUAGGUACUUAUACUAUUUUUAAUGUAAGUACUUACCGGAAUGUAAAAUAACCCUCUUUUCAUUGUUAUUUUUUUCACAAUCGCCGUUGAUCGAGCCAAGCACGUAUUCUGGAAGAAUUUUCAGGAGGGGUAAAAUAUUUUUAAUACACAAAACUUUUAGUUUAUCUUUGUUAUAUUAUAAAAGUGCACUAUAUACCAAUUUUAAAAAUUUCAGGGAGAGGGUAUACGAACUCGAGCCCUAUCUAUCAUAAUUUUGUCACUAGACUAAAAGCACAUUUUUUUUAGAUUCUUUGCGCACCGAAGAAUAUAUUUAUAUAAUAUAAUGAUAUUACCUGUAUUGAUAUUUAAUGUUACUUUGAUGUGUUCUUUUUUUUUUGUCUUGUUGACAAAUUAACAACCAAAAAUAUUGUCCAAACUAAAAAAACAACAACUGACCUUUUUUGUUGAAUUUCGGAUCUAGUCAAUGCUUUGAGGUUCACAAUAAUUGGGUAAAACAGAAAAAAAAGUAUUGGAAAAACGGAAAACAAAAAAAUGAUAGAAGUUUCAUUAUUAUUAAUUUCUUCGUUUUUGUUUUUCUACCAGAACCAAAUAUAUUUUUUGGACUUUUCAAAUUGUUAUUUUUAAUGUAGUUUUUAAUGAACAUUAAUUUUAUUAUUUUUAUUUUUUAAUAGCAACCUAUAUUGAAAAUUCAAUAAAUAAACUAAAUAAUAGUUUAAAUACAGUUGAAUAGGUUAACAUUUUUUAUUUCAAUCAACCUGGUUUCACUUUAAAGUUUGAGUAGGGUGAGAGUAUUUAAACAUCAUGUAUGUGGCAGCAUAGUGACGUUUGAAUAAUCUUCCACGACAAAAAAAUUCCGAAAAAAUGUAUUACUUUCCAAGAUACCGCUAUGAUUAUAUCUUGGUGAACACCUGCAUAUUAAAAAAAAAAACAACCAUCAAAAAUAUUCUCUUUAAAUUUCGAGAUCUGUGUUUUAAACUUUAAUUUCUAAACCAGACAAUAAUAAUAGUUAAAAAGUUAAAACCUAAUUUAUAACUUAUAUCAGUUAUUUUUAUUAAUAAUUUAGAUAUGAUUUAAAAAAAUAAAAUUUAAGAAAAUGAAUAAGUUAAAAAAUUAUUUAAUUAUUUUAUGUAAUUAUUUACGAACUCUUUUUUUUAAUAAUUUCGCAUUUUUUUCUACAAAAUCUUAGGUAUCUCUAGCAUGAGAUAAUAUUUUUCUGACAAUUUAUAACUUACAACAUACAUUUAAAUUAGUUUUUAUUUAAGAAAUUAACUUGUUAUUUUAGAUUCUGAUUGGAACGAGAAAUGUAUUAGUUUUUAAAAUUAUAUUUACUAUUUCUUUUUUAUGUGAACACUUUUUCUACUAGAAAGCAUACUCCCAUUAUCAAAUAUAACAUCUUUUCUGAAAAAAAAAUGUUCUCUGGGUGGUACUUUAGAGGAGUUAUUUUUUUAAAUUCUCAUCAAUAUUCGAGAUGAUGAAGUAAACCUUGGCCUUAGGUUUAAAUAGAUUAAAAGAUUAAAAAUAAGGUUGUCAUUACAAUAAGGUCAUUGGCAACCUUUUUUAUUUAAUUUGUAUUCUUAUUAAGUUUUUAUUAUUUUAAUCUUUUUUAAACAAUCAUUUUUGUCAUGGAAACGCACAUUGUUUUAAUCAUUUUACCAUAAUAUAUUGUAUUAUUGAUAAAGCAACAUUACCAACUGAUCACCACUCAGAAUUUUUUUUCGUUAGCAAUGGUUUAUCGUUGUUUACAGAUAUAUAUUAAAUUCCUAUCUGUAUCUACCUUCCCUACUUCCCAUCUACACAGUGGCUGUACCCACGUACGAAGUAUGUCCGUUCUAUUUGUUUUUUUUCAUUUUUAUUGUGAAUUUUAAUUUAUUAUAAUUGUUUGUAAUUUAAAUCAUUAAGUUAUUGUUAUUGUUAACUUAUUAACAAUUGAAAAUUAUGUAUUUUUAAAUCUGAAUAAGUUAUCCUAUUAUUUAUGGCUGUGUGUUAAUAUGUUUGAAAUAUUUUUAUUUUUAAUCGAAGAUAAUAUAAGAAUUUAUAAAUUAUGAUAUUUGUGAUAUUUCACACAUUCGUAUCCAGUAGUCCACACAGAGGGAGGUUAGAGGUUUAGAAGCCUUUCCCUGCCAAAAAGUAUUUCUUCACUAAAUCUUUUAAAUUCAAAUUUUACAUUCAGAAGCAUAUUAAUAUCAUAUACCUACCACAGAAUAAAAUAAUGAAAUUGUAUUUCAUUUAAAAUCAUAUAUUCGGUAAUAACUAAUAAUAGUAAUAGUACUGUACUGAUAUGUGCCAUCUCCUCUCUAGGAAAUUAUUAUAUACACAACAUCCCCCCCCCAAAAAAAAACCAGCGUACGCUACUGCUCGUAUUUUGCCUAAAAACAACAUAAAAUAACACCGCAAACCUAAUUUUACUAAACUUAAAUUUACCCUACAUGUUAUACGUUUGUAACAAACUACAUACUGUACAGCAAUCUCUCAAUCGGUCGUGGAUUUAAGGAUUCAUUUUUAAAACUAUUUUCAAAAAUAAAAACUGGUAUAGGUAUGCAUAAUUGUAUCACAAUACAAAAAAAACUUACUAUACUACGGUAUUUGGGGGGGGGGGCGACAAGAUAAUUUAUUGCCACCUUGCUCUUAAUAUCCAAUGAUAAUAAUAUGACUAAAAUACUACAUUUUUUUUUACUCGCAAUCUUUUUUUAUAGUUUUGGGAAGUAAUAUCCGACGAACACGGCAUUGAUCCAAGCGGAUCGUAUCAUGGUGAUUCCGAUUUACAAUUGGACCGGAUUAAUGUGUACUAUACCGAAGCGCUUGGUAAUAAUUUUUUAUUGAACUCGUAUUAAUUAUAUAAACUUAUUUAAAUAAAAUUAACAAACCAAUAAUUUAUUUAUUUAAAAAAUAAUAAUAAAAUAAUAGUAAUAUAUUUAUUAACAUAUACAUUAUACAGUGUAUCCCACCAUGUUCGGUGAAUUUUUCUAGUGAUAUUAAUAUUAAAUUUAUUUCGAUUUUUUUUUUUUUCAAUCUGUUUGUCUUAGAGGGGGAAAUUGAUUUGGAAAAAAAUUUAAUUUUUAUUUUCAUCCCCUAAAUACGAAAAACAAAUAAAUCUUUAUUUAUUCACUUUAGACAAUGUUAAAAAUAGCCAUUUUGUAAAAAAUAUUAAACAAUUUUAAUGUACCACACAUUCAUCCGAUAAAUAAUUUCUUGGUUAUAGCCGUUUUAAUUAGACAUGGAAACAAUUAAUAUUCAAUAAAAUAACAUGUUAUGUAAUAAAGAAUGACAAUCAGCACGGUAAUUUUUUACCUUCUAUUGACUAUUAAUUCUUUUCAAGAAUAUUUUCUAGAAAUAAAAAUGGCUAUAACUAAGAAUCUAUUAAUCGAAUAUGAAUGUAUGAUAUAUAAAAUUGUUAGAAUAAUAUUUUUUACAAAAUAGCUAUUUUGAAAAUUGUCUAAAAUUAAAAAAUAAAUAAAAAGUUAUUUUUUUUUUUUUUGUGUUUAGGGGAUUAAAAUAAAAAUUUUAUUUUUCUCCAAACCAAUGUCCCAAUUGAAGACAAACCAGUUAAAGAAAUAAAUCUAAAAUAAUUUAAUAGGUUUUUGGGCAGGGAUGUUAGGUAUAAACUAUACAGUAUAAUAUUUUUGCAUUGAUAUUUAUAUUAUACAAUAUUUUAACUGAUAGUGGGAUAGAUUGCAUUGUAUACCUAUAUAAUAUAUGUCCUCAUUGAUUGAUUGAUUCUCCUCAUUCAGGGUUAAAUUAAGCAUAUAAUUAAAUUCUGAUUUUUGGUAUUAUUUAGUGUAGUGAAAAACAUUUUUGAAUACUUUUAUUGUUCAAAACAUUUGAGGAGUAUCAUGUGGUGAGGAUACCAAUUUCGAAAAACAUAUAUUAUAAAUUCUAUAAAUAAAUGGAAUAUUAAAUAGAAUAAAUUUUGGUAAAACAAGUUUUAAUUUCCGUCAACUGAUUCAUCAGAUAUUUCACUUUUAAAUUUAGGCAGGUAAAGAAUUAUGGGAUUCAAACACCAGGACACUGUGCCACUACACUACAUACUAUACUCACUGUGCUACAACACACAAUAACAAUAAAUAAAUAAACAAUAAUAUAUUUAUACUUCAAUAAGUUCUUGUUAUAUUUUACCAGUAGUUUACUAUAAUAUAUUUUGUAUCUAUAACUAUUUACGUAUAACAUUGUAUAGAUAAUUUGUAUUAAAUAUAUUUAUUCAACAUUUUAAAAGUAUAUAAAUAAGGUUAUUCAUGGUAAAUAAUAUUAUUAAUAGUAUGAUACUGUAUCUGUAUCCUAUUGCGAAAAUGUAUACAUAUGUACUACAUAACAUCUUAUAAUUCUUCAAAAUUAGCCCCAAUCUUUGAUUGACAAAAGUUGUGAUAUAAAGCCAUGUUGUAUGGUUUAAGAUAGAAAAAAUAUAACAGUAUUAUUUGGUCUAAAGAAUUAGUUCAUUCCACUAAAAUAAAAGAUAAAAAAAAUAUUUUUAUAGAAUAAGUAACGUAUGUAAGUAAUAUAAUCGCAGUCAUAUAGCCAAGUUAUUUAAUUUAAAUACAAUUUUAUAAUUUGCCUACGCACUUAGUUAAACUCCUGGUUCCUCUAUGAUUAUAACAUAUUAUCACACACUUCGACCAAAAAAUAAGGGUGACAAAAAUAAAUGUAAAGUAACAUUUUAAUUCUGUUUGUUUCUAAUGGUAUUAAUAAAACAAAAUACAAAAAAUUGUAUAAGGUUAUAAGCUAUAUUGAUCGUUCUGUAUACAUUCAUUUUUUAUUUACAUAACUAUACAAUAAAAGGUUUUGCUGUUUAUAUAUUUAAUAUAAUAUGGAUUCAUAACCUCAGACCUCAAAAAAAUAAACCUAAUAUUAGAUUUUCAAAUCCAAUUUUUGGCUUUUUUAAAAUUUAUAACAAAUUAUAUAUUUUUGUAUGGAUAACUUACUACGUUUAAAAUUUGAAAUGAGUAUAAAACAGUUUAAUAGAGAAAAAAAUGUUUAUAAGAUAUUUUCCAGCAGCCACCUAACACUCACGUUUUUACAUUAUGUGAUAAUAUAAGUUAAUGCGAUUAUGACGAAAUAUUUUGAAAGAUACUUCAUAUUAUAUUUAUCCUAAUAUCAUAAUCAUAUUAAAAAAUUGAAUUCAGAUAAUGAACUCCAGCAAAUCGUAAUUUAUCCUACGAUUAAUUAUAGGAAUAGGAAAGUUUCGAAUCUUGUAUAAUAUACACUCUGUAUAGAAAUUGGUCCUUUCUGUCUCAUGCAUUAACAACGUUUAUUGUACUACCUAGCUAAAAAUGACAAUAUUAUAGACAUAUAUAUAUAUAUAUAUAUAUAUUAUUAUCCUAUGUAUAGGCGGUAAAUACGUGCCACGGGCAAUUCUCGUGGAUCUGGAGCCGGGAACCAUGGAUUCGGUAAGAUCGGGUCCCUUCGGUCAGAUAUUCCGACCAGACAACUUUGUUUUCGGCCAAUCCGGUGCCGGCAACAACUGGGCCAAGGGGCAUUACACGGAAGGAGCCGAGCUGGUGGACUCAGUGCUGGACGUGGUUAGAAAAGAGGCGGAAAGUUGCGACUGUCUGCAGGGAUUCCAGUUGACCCAUUCGCUGGGUGGCGGUACUGGUUCCGGGAUGGGCACGCUGUUGAUAUCGAAAAUUCGUGAAGAAUAUCCGGAUCGAAUUAUGACCACAUACAGUAUCGUUCCGUCGCCAAAGGUAGAAUAAUAACGUUGGUUAUAUUGCCACCGAGAAUAAUAAUAUUUAAAUUGAAAAGAGUGUCAAUUUUAAAAUUAUAAAGAGUCUAUGCAUAAAGGUCGGAAUAAUAAUUUCAUAAGUAAAUUUGGAGGGAAUGAGAAAAGUAAUCAAACUCACAACCUAAGUGAUUAUUUUAUUCGGGGAAGGGGGAUAGGUGAGAUCGAAAACCGUAUGAACUGCAAAGUAGAUUGAAAAGUCAUCAUCUGACGAUCAGAUGUCGAGUAGUAAUCACCACAUAAAAUAUAUUAUGUUUCGACCGAUAGACCGCCGUUUUAACGUUUCUUUUUUUUUUUUUUUUUAAUCAAUCACUCGAACUUUUAUGACCUUUUAUCAUGUGGAUACCUUUAUAAAGAUGUAAACAUUUUAUGUGGAUAGGUAUCCGACACGGUCGUGGAACCGUACAACUCCACACUGUCCGUGCACCAGCUGGUCGAGAACACGGACGAAUCGUUUUGCGUGGACAACGAAGCGCUGUACGAUAUAUGCUUCCGGACUCUGAAGCUGACAACGCCCACGUACGGCGAUCUCAACCAUCUAGUGUCGGCUGCCAUGUGCGGCGUGACCACUUGCUUCCGAUUCCCCGGUCAACUCAACUCGGACCUGCGGAAACUAGCCGUCAACAUGGUACCGUUCCCACGGCUUCAUUUCUUCAUCACCGGAUUCGCUCCGCUGACGUCCCGUGGUAGCCAACAGUACCGCGCGCUAUCCGUACCCGAGCUCGUUCAACAAAUGUUCGACGCCAAGNAUGCUCAACGUGCAAACAAAGAACUCUGCGUACUUCGUCGAGUGGAUACCAAACAACACCAAGACCGCGGUGUGCGACAUACCGCCCAGAGGCCUAAAAAUGUCCGCCACGUUUAUCGGCAACACGACCGCCAUCCAGGAGAUGUUCAAGCGCGUUUCCGAACAAUUCACAUCCAUGUUCAAGCGUAAGGCAUUCUUGCACUGGUACACCGGUGAGGGCAUGGACGAAAUGGAAUUCACCGAGGCCGAGUCCAAUAUGAACGAUCUCAUAUCCGAGUACCAACAGUACCAAGACGCCACCGCCGAAGAAGAAGGUGAGGGCGACGAGGACGAAGAUGCCGAGAACUAA